GUAUCGUGCUUGUUGCCAUAAAUCCUUAUGAACAAUUGCCAAUUUAUGGACAAGAUGUCAUCUACGCCUACAGUGGCCAAAACAUGGGGGAUAUGGAUCCUCAUAUUUUCGCAGUUGCAGAAGAAGCAUAUAAGCAAAUGGCCAGGGAUGAGAAGAACCAGUCCAUUAUCGUUAGUGGGGAGUCCGGGGCGGGCAAAACAGUCUCGGCUAAAUACGCCAUGCGGUUCUUUGCAUCAGUUGGAGGUUCCUCCAGCGAAUCCAAUGUUGAAGAGAAGGUCCUGGCUUCCAGUCCUAUCAUGGAGGCAAUUGGCAACGCAAAAACAACUCGGAAUGACAACAGCAGCCGUUUUGGGAAAUACAUUCAGAUUGGCUUUGAUAAAAGAUACCGUAUCAUUGGUGCCAACAUGAGGACGUACCUGCUUGAGAAAUCAAGAGUUGUAUUCCAGGCACCUGAUGAGCGAAACUAUCACAUUUUCUAUCAGCUAUGUGCCUCUGCUAGUCUUCCAGAACUGAAGGACCUCUCAUUAUUGGAUGCCAAAGAUUUUUUCUACACAUCUUUGGGAGGGGACACCUCCCUUGAAGGAGUCGAUGAUGCAGAAGAUUUUGAGAAAACAAAGCAAGCUUUCACCCUGCUUG